UUUUCCCCCCGCUAGUGGUUCGUGCAACCGACACUGACGUUACAAGUGUUAUUUGCCUUGUUAUUGUAACCUCACCUGAUGGGAUAAAUGUUCAACCGUUUAAAUUCAAAUGGUUAUUAUAAUUAGUUGAGUUUUUUCGCUAUUCCAUACGUUCACGAGUAGUUAACCUUGUGAUAUAUAUUCGGAAUUGAAAGUGCUUCAAGUGGUAAAAUUUAAAUCAUGCCUCACACAACCGCUGCUGGCGAUAGCAAAAAACGGUUAUCGAUACUGAAAACACCCAAAAGUCGUCAGGCGUUUCAAGAAUUGGAUUUUGACAGUUCUCAUGAAAACAGCGCAGAUUGUGGAAAGAAGAGACGAGUCAGUUUUGCAGAAAAAAAACACGUUAAAGAAUUUUGUGAUCAUAAGGAACAAGGAACAAUCUGGGACAAUACUUAUGAGGAAUCUGAUCAAAAUGUUUCACAUGCUAUAGGAACUGCAAAUGAAAUUACAAAUGAUGCACACCAGAAUAUACAAUUUAGAGAAAACAUAGAUAUUUUUGUAGGAGAAACUGAGUACACCAUAACAGCAGAUAACAAUCAUGGCACAAAUACUGAAAAUUAUAUACAUCCAAAUCGUCCUAUUAGCACGACACAAAUAUUUAAUAAUUCGGAUGCAGAUUUAGAAUUUACGGAUAUGGUUUGCGUCGGCCCUACUCGUAUUUAUGAUAGCUUACAGUUGAGGCAAAACAUAAAAUCUGUUUCUCAUAACCCGUCCACAAAAACCACUGAAGAGACUGCCUUAUUUGAUAAUAGUGAUGGGAUGAUGGAUUUCACAGACGUUGCCAACAAGCUUGUUGAACCAAAUUUGGAGAAUGAAACCAUAAUAUUCGAAGAUUCUAUAUUAGAUAUAACUCCGCCUGUCCAAAGUCAUUUAGACUUAGCUAAGAAUUUGGAUCAAAAUAAAGAAAACAUCUAUUCCGAGUUGCCUAGUAAUAUGUUGCAGCACAAAGUGAUUAUUCCAGACUCUAAUGAUAACAAGAAUUACAGUGGAGUUGUGGAUCCUGGCAAUAAGACUAUAUUGUUCAAUGAUUUUGGGUGUGAAAUGACAGAAGCUAUUGGUACCGUAAGGUGCCGACAAUCUGUGGAUUCUCAGAAUCUUCAGAUCCCUGUGAAUAGAGCUGGUCCAAAUCAUAAAAGAAAUCCAGACUCUAAUGAUAACAAGAAUUACAGUGGAGUUGUGGAUCCUGGCAAUAAGACUAUAUUGUUCAAUGAUUUUGGGUGUGAAAUGACAGAAGCUAUUGGUACCGUAAGGUGCCGACAAUCUGUGGAUUCUCAGAAUCUUCAGAUCCCUGUGAAUAGAGCUGGUCCAAAUCAUAAAAGAAAUCCAGACUCUAAUGAUAACAAGAAUUACAAUAGAGUUGUGGAUCCUGGCAAUAAGACUAUAUUGUUCAAUGAUUUUGGGUGUGAAAUGACAGAAGCUAUUGGUACCGUAAGGUGCCGACAAUCUGUGGAUUCUCAGAAUCUUCAGAUCCCUGUGAAUAGAGCUGGUCCAAAUCAUAAAAGAAAUCCAGACUCUAAUGAUAACAAGAAUUACAAUAGAGUUGUGGAUCCUGGCAAUAAGACUAUAUUGUUCAAUGAUUUUGGGUGUGAAAUGACAGAAGCUAUUGGUACCGUAAGGUGCCGACAAUCUGUGGAUUCUCAGAAUCUUCAGAUCCCUGUGAAUAGAGCUGGUCCAAAUCAUAAAAGAAAUCAGUCAACAUUGGGUGAUAAGACCAUUUUCUUUGAUGAUUUUGGUUGCGAAAUGACAGAAGCUGUGAGUUCACUGAAAUCCAAUAUGGGCCAUAAUUUGAAUUCAGUUGAAAGUCCAGUUCCAGAACAAAAUAUACCUUUGUGCUUACCCGAUAAAAAUCCAGCAACAGCAUCACUAUUGGACGUAGAACCUAUGGAUGUUGAAUCCAUUACACCGCCUUGUGAGCCUAAUAAAGAAACUUUACCAGAAUUCACUGCCAAUUUUAAAAAUAACAAUCAAACGAAAAUUUUCCAUGAUUCAGACAUGGAAUUUACUGCAAUGGUUACCAAAAACAUGAUCAAUUAUGCUGUGUUCCGGGAAAAUCAAAUGGCUACAAAAAAUCAAACUAUCUGUUUUGAUGAUUGUGAUGUUGAAAUUACUGGGUCAGUCAGAAUACAUCCACAUGGGGCAAAAAGUCAAUCAAACACAGAGGAGCAGGACCUUCUACAGAAUACUGCCUCGACGUCACCUGAAUUUCAUUGCAUUCAGCCACAGAGGAAUGUGGAAAAAUUGCCAAGCAAGAACCUGGAAAGGAUUGAUACCACUGAACACUCUCAUACAUCGAUAACCAAAAACCCUGAACAAGACGUUCAUAUCGCCAAAACCAUUAUGGCUGCGACACGUCCUCCGAGCCCGAUAUCAAAUAUCGAAGGAUCAGACGUUUGUACUAAUACUGAGCCAACUUCAAUUGAAUUUGUAGAUAUCGGAUUUCGAAAUGGUAAGAAGAGAAAGCAGGAUCAAAUGAAAGAUGGAAGCACUAGCACCACGCACCGCAGUCUGCUAUUGAAUGAGAACUCUGAAAAUGUCCCAAUUCAGAAUGUAAUUCCUGAUAAUUCAAUAUCCUCAUACAAGUCCUCUGAGCUCUCUCGUUAUUGCAAACAUUUAAAAACAACAGAUCCCGAUGAAAGCGACACACAAUUUGAGAAAGUCUGUAUGAUUGAUAAUUCCGUUUCAUUGAAAGAUCGCAGGAGAACAUACGUUCUCAGUAGCAAUGCAUCUAUUGCCACGCAAAGUAAAUUACCUGUGGAAGUAACAGUAACGAAUGAUCGCGUUGCUCAUUUAGAUGAUUCAGAAACGGUUCAAGAGUGCAAUAAAAUUAUACCACUAAAUCCUGCCCCACAGUUGUCCGCAGGUGAAGAAAUAUCAGCGAUCAAGCAGAGACAUGAAGAGAAAAUGGAAACUUCUGGAGAAUAUAUGAAUGAUGAGCCAUAUUAUUCGUUCCUUGGAAAUGUUUCUGAUUCCGAUUCUGAUUUUGGUGAAGUAAUUCUUAUUUCCGAACAACAGCAGACGUUUCAAAACAAGAAUAAUGUUAGUUUGAAAAGUCGUUUGGAACUGGAGAAAUCUGUGGACUCCAGUGAUGAUUCUUGCUUUACGAUGUUCAGUAAAGAACUUGAAGAGCAAGCUAAAAGUUGUAAUUGCAUCUGGAAAAUUCGGUCAAUUAGCAAAGAAAAGGUUCUGAUCGAUUUUAUAUCACGUUCUCUUGUAGUCAUAAUACAUUUGGAAACAGUAGAGGCGUUAACGAUACCGCAAGGAAUCAAGGAUAUUAAAAUUGUCUCACUGCUCUUAGCAACUGCAGAGGAGAAUAUUCGUAUGGUACACAGAAUUAUAUUAAAUAAAUUAGAUCCAAAGACUUUGAAACAGCUUUACCGAACUACUAGCGAUAUAUUACCCUUGCUGGAGUUUAUUACCCAAAGGGUAAAGUUGCAAAUCGAUUUCAUGCAUGAAUUUGAUCGACUUCAAGAUUUGCACCAUUUCAUCAUUACGGGAAAUCAGAUAUCGUUCCGACUACACAGUUACAAGGUGCAAUUUGCGAUAAAAAUCAUCAUGGAUCUAGAGCCCUUCGAGGAUAUCGGACCGAAUGAUAUCAAUGUACAAUGCAUACUUGGCAGCAUAAGAGAAAAAGAUAUCAAGCAAUUGAUAACAAGUGUAAAAAAGGAUCACAAUUUUCUAACGAACUAUAUCAAUGAUGUUAAAGAAUACAUCACAGUAGUUGUCGAAAGGAAUUUUUGUUUCUAGACAUUCAUAUAUGAUUUUAUUUGUAUAUACUAAAAAUAUCGUAAAAAGUUCGUUUCUAUGAUUAUGUUAAAUCAUUAACUAGAUCUCGUAAUUAUUAGAUCGAUGCUAGAGGUAUCGUUAUAAAUUAGGUGAAGUGAAAUUCAUGCUCAAGCUUAGGGUAGUUUGAACAAUCACGUAAAAUGGAAUACGUACUGCUAUAACAAGAUUGAAAAUUUGGUGCAUUCACAUAACAUAUUUUUAUAACGCCUAUUUUUUUUUUUUAUUUAUGAAAAAAAUCAGAAUCAUUCGGUUAACUAAAUUAAUAAAAAUAUCACAGAAGUUAUCAAAGAAAAAAAUGGAUUAAAAGUAUAAAACUUUUUCUCUAUUCAUCGUGCUACAAAUUGAAACGUUAAAAUUCUGUUGGAGUAGUUUGAAAGUUUCGAAUGAAAGAAAAUUGUGCGCUAAUGGGUUGAGGUUUGUCCGUAGUUGCUUGGAGAGCGACAGUAUUAAUUAUCGGAUAUUAAUUAGGCCGGUAGCAAGGAGAAGGGAAUCGAAUCUAAUUAUAAAACGGCAACGUCUAAUUUCUCAUUCUUGUUUUUCGUGAAGGGCCUCUUCCCACGGAUAAGUGGCGUGGGUUUUAUACGCCAAGAUAUCACUCGAUUUAUUAACGGAAUGUCAAGUUGUCGGGUAGAAAACUCGAUCUCAUGGAGAUUUCGACAUUUAUCCGAGUACAGUUAGUUAUACUCAAUGUUCGUAUGUAUUUUCGUUAUUACAUGUAAAUAAAUUUCCAUAAAUCGUU